AAUCUGUUAAUUAAUUUAAUCCUUAAUUAGGAUUUAUUAUUUUUUUUUAAUCUCUUUUUUUUACUCUAAUCAGUUGAUUAACUUGUUAAUUAACCAUCUUAGAACAUAAACUCUGUGAUCUGAAUCUAUUCUUUACUUUACAGAACCAUUUUUUUUUCUUCUCUUUUUUUUGUUGGAUUUGUUGUUUUAUCUUCAAUUGAUCAAAUUGUGUUUUUGUUUUUCUCUCAAUGUCUUCAUCCUGUAAUCGCAAUCAAACUGAUUAUGGUUCAAAUUUAAAUUCUGAUCGUGAUGAUUUUCUUUUAGGAAUUUUUCUAGUUAAAGCAGGUUCAAUUGGCGAUAGUCUAUUAUUCCGAUAUCCAUAUACAAUUGACGAUGAAACCACAACCACAACUCCCAAUGGAAUCGGAGUAUCACCAUCAAGACAGGAUAAGAAGAGUAAAAAUCCAUUCGCUUUAAUUGUGGAAAAUGUAAACACUGAUUCCAAUUCUUCAGGUCCCGGUGAAGAUAACUGUCGAACAGUUUUCACACAUUACACUUUAGGUCCCUCAUCGAGACCCAAUAAACCUUCAGCCACUUAUUGUUUUGAAUUGGACCCGGUCUCAACCGUGGCUACAACCACGACCGAUGUUAACUUGGAAACGGUUGUUAAACUACCCGAUCGUGUGGUGUCCACUUUAUUUGCCGUUAAAAAUGAGCUUUGUGGUAAAAAGAUUGAGAUUAAAAUAAACGAUGUUCGUUUUGUUGGUCAUCCUUUAUCAAUUGGUGGUCCAUCAUCACAUCAAACAACAACAACACCACAAGAUCAACAACAUUCAUCCUCAUCAUCAUCUUCCUCAUCUUCUACAUCAACAACCCCACAACCAACAUCUAAAAGCAAAGAUAUUGUCGCUUUUAAUGUUGUCUUUGCUUUAAGAGCCAAUGCUAGUCAUGAAGUUGUCAAUAGUUUCCAUAAAUGUAGUAGUGCAAUUGCCGCUGCAUUAAAGAAAGAGGAAGAUGAAAAAGCUUUUCUUAGUAAAGAAGCUAAAGGAAUAUUAACUGUUUUCGAUGAAAUUUCAUCUCCUUCCGAUGAAUUACAGACCUCACCCUACUCAAUGAUCCUCGAGAAAAGCCGCCUUGCCAUUGAUUUGAAAAAAAUUUUCGAAGAUCUUAAAAACCUUGGAACCGUACAAUUGAAAUUGAACAAAUCAACCGAUUUAAACCUUUGUAUACCUCAAAUUGUUCACCGUUUAACUUUACAAUAUCAUCGAUCAGUACCAUUAAUUGGACCAAGAGAAUUGACUGCAAGCUUUGGUACUCUUCGACCUUAUCAUGCACUUCUACUUUUAAGAGAUCCUGUUACCAUCUUAAGUUCAAUAUCAGAUAAUCGUUUGAUCUUUAAGAAAAUACUUUCCGUUGUAAAUCCGACAAAAAAUCUGAUCACAAUCGCUCGUGAAGCCCAAUUAACCUACGAAAAUGUUAUGAAAGCAACUUGUCAACUCGUUUAUUGGGCAAAAGCAACAUUAAUCUUUCCAUUAGCUGAAAGUAAUGUCUAUGUAAUUCAUCCAUUAGCUCCAACUCAGGUUGAUUGUCCUUUGGUGGAAAAAUUUAAACAAGCUUUCACCGAUUCUAAUUUACUUCGAUUUUUAAGUGAAUUUAGUCUUGGUACAAGUAUUGAUCAACUGCGAAAUCCUCUUCACAAUUCAGAUCAACAUAUUCAAUUGGUCAAUCAAAUUAUUUGGCUUCUAAAGCAUCGGCUAAUUACUCAAUUACACACUUAUGUUUAUUUGUUACCAGUUGAUUCUAGUUCCAGUGUCAAAAAGAAAUCUAAUAUCGUCAGGAGCACCAAUGACACCGUUAACAGCGACGAUCAUAAUCAUCAUCAAAUUGCUUCGAAUGAUACCUUUAAUAAUCGACGAUUUUCCAAUUUUCACUCAAAUGAUUCUCCAAAUAAUUUCUCUGGCAUUGAUGAGACCAAUGAAGAUUCGGAUUAUUUGAUGAAUGAUGCAUCAUCUUUAUCGAUUAACUAUGAGAGAGCGAUUCACCUCUUAAGGGAACUCGGUCUUCGAGAUUAUGAAUGUGAAUCAAUCUGUCAAGUUCCAGCUUCUAAAAAGCAUGAAGAUCUUACAAUGUUUGCCAAAUUAUUUCGUUUUUUUGAUGGAAAACAUCAUCUUGAACAUAUAAUGCAUUACGAGAAUGUUAAACGUUCACAACUUUUGGCGAUAAUUGAUAAAUUUCGUGAUGUCCUUUUCACUUGUCAACACGAAGAUAAAACUAUUUUUCAAUUGUGUCCUUAUCUUUACGAAUAAAUUGAAAUAUUAAACAAAAA